AUCACAGGCAGAGCACGUGCAAGAGGCCCUGCCCAGAGCCCAGGAGUCCACACAGCCUGGGAGAUGAGCCGGAGUUGGAGCCAGAGUUGGAGAAAGUAAGGAGAAACCUACAGCAGCCAACGUGUGUCCUUGACCUUCUUCAGGAGGUGAGGACGAGCCAGAGGCCUUUGCUGUGCCCUCGGAAGCCUGCCACAAGUUCUCACUGAGCCACGCUGAGAAUGGAGCGAUCCACCCGGGAGCUGUGUCUCAACUUCACUGUUGUCCUUAUUACAGUGAUCCUUAUUUGGCUCCUUGUGAGGUCCUACCAGUACUGAGAGGCCAUGACACCCUCUUGGGAUUGACUGAGACUCUGGAGCUGCCUGCUGUAUGCCCUGCAGUCCCGCUGCUGUCAUUGUCAUGGGAUGCCAUUCUUGGCACCCACGGGCACCUCUGAUCUGCACUCGCAAUGUCUGACAUGCCCUACUGCUAGGGUUGAUUGUGUGUUCUUUUAAGAUGCGGCUCUCAAGGGCUGCCAAGUGUUUGCCAGUGAGUGUCAGAUUUAUUCCCCAACUCUUACUGCAAAUGUGUUAGACAUGCCACAAGGUUAAAAUUAAACUGGAUUCGUAAUGAUAUAGAAUUGUAACAAGCCCCUGAUCUGUCUCACCUCACAGCCCUUCAAUCCACACUGUCUACAACCAAACUCUAGUUCAACCCAGCAGAAGAAAUGUUACAGGAAGUCUUUGUCAGCCCUUAUAGCUAUCAUGUGAAUAAAGUUAAGUCAACCACAAAAACUA